AUGGCGCCCCCCAACGACACCACCCAGUCCAAGUACCACAUCGGCUUCAAGCAGGGAACCAUCAACCUGUUCGAGCUGCGCAAUGUCUCGACCUGUCUGCAGUACCUGAUGCCGACUCUCUGGUCGCUGCCGCCCACCUUCUCCCUGCUGGACGUCGGCUGCGGCCCAGGAAGCAUCACGCUGGACCUCGCAAGACACUUCCCCCAGGCCACCAUCAUCGGCGUCGACCAGAGCGCCGAGGUGACGGAACGCAACCGGGCCAGUGCCGGGGCCCUCACCCCUCAGGGCGCCCGCCGCCCCCUCGUCGACUUUCGCCACGGCGACGUGCUCAAGCCAGAGACCUUUCUCACCCCGGCCGAGAUGGAGGCCGGGUUCGACGUCGUCCACGAGCACACGACGCUCAUCUGCAUCCCCGACAACGCCCCCGUGCUCAGGCAGAUGCGGCUGCUGGCGAAGCCCAGGGGCGGCAUCGUCGCCUGCCGCGACGGCGACACCCAGUCGCAGGUGCUGUGGCCGCCGUGUCCCGAGAACGCCGAGCUGCAGGAGCGCAUCUACAGGAUGAACGGGCUCGAGACGCAGACCGGCCGCCAGCUGAUUCACAAGGCCCUGGCCGCCGGCUUCCGCAGGGACCAGAUCACCGCCUCGGCCAGCGUCCUGUCCAACAUCACGCCCGAGGAGAGGCAAGCCUACGCCGGGUCCAUGCUGGACAUCCUCGCCGACGAGACCUCGGAGUACCGCCGGGCCGCCGCCAGGUUCGGGUACACGCCGGAGCAGGUGGACGUGCUCCGCGCCAACAUGCAGCGGUUCAUUGACGCUGAGGACGCCUGGAGGCUCUUGAUAUGCACAGAGAUUAUCUGCCGGCUGGACGAGGAUGAGUGA